GAACUUUUUUGUUGCAAAAUAAAUAAACAAAAUGGCUUUAUUUCGAGAUAUAUUUGAAUUUUUUUGUGUUUUGCUGCAAGUUUCAAUAUUAUGGCCUUGGGAGAUAAUAAAGUCGUUUCUACCGAAAAACAGGAAAGAUAUCUCGAAUGAUAUUAUGUUUAUUACAGGAGCUGGGAGUGGAAUAGGAAGGUUAAUGGCAAUUAAGUUUGCAAAUUGUGGAGCAACCAUUAUAGCAACUGAUCUAAAUGGUGCCACUGCUCAAGAAACAGCAGAUAUUAUUAAAUCCUCUGGAGGAAAAGCUUAUAGCUUUCAACUAGAUGUAACAGAUAGGAAAAAAGUUUACUCUAUUGCUGAAAAAAUACGUGAAACAAUUGGUGAAGUAACAAUGCUAGUUAAUAAUGCAGGGAUUGUUACAGGUCACAAUUUUAUGGAAUGUCCAGAUGAUCUUAUUGCUAAAACUAUUGAAGUUAACACUACAGCUCAUUUUUGGACGUUAAAAGCAUUUCUUGGCUCAAUGAUCAAAAAUAAUAGAGGUCAUGUGAUUUCAAUAGCUUCUAUUGCAGGCUAUGGUGCUAGUCCUCAGCUUAUUGACUAUUGUGCAAGCAAAUUUGGAGCAGUUGGUUUACAAGAAGCUUUAGGACUUGAACUUCAAGGCUAUGCAAAAGGAAUUAAAACAUCAACUGUUUGUCCAUGGUUUAUAAAAACAGGCAUGUUUGAAGGAGCAAAGAGCAGCUUGCCUUUUCUUUGUCCAAUGUUGGAACCAGAGCCCACUGCUGAUCGUAUUGUGGCUGGAGUUCUCAAUGAUGAGACACAUAUUUUUAUUCCACGGAGACUGUUUCUUUUGGUUGCUUUAAAGCAGCUCAUCCCUGCAAAUGUUGGGUAUAUUCUUUCAGAUUAUUUGCAAAUGGAAGCACAAAUGACUGGUUUUGUCGGAAGAAAAAAAAGCACUUGAAUUUUUAUGGUUUUAAAUUAUCUCUAUUAUCUAAAAGUUGAACAUUUUGAAUAAAAAUUUGUUUUUAGUCUUAAAUAUUAAUGCUUUUAUUGGUUCACAAUACAUUGAGGAAUAGUGAUUAUUCACCUUGUCGAUGAUAAUGAAACCAUGAACCUUUGAAAAACAAAACUCUUAACUUUUAUUUUGAUUUAGUUUUUUGUUUGCUUUGCUUUUAAUAAAUAGGAAUAACAUAUUUUCAUUUUUAUAAAUUUUGUUUAGUAUUUUUCUGAAUUAUUUGCUUGUUAUUCAAAUUUUUUUAAUGAAAAGUUUUAUAUCUUAUUAAUUUGUAAAAACAAAUCCUAGCCAAAUUAUUUAGUAGUUUGUGCUGUGAGUUUUUAAAAUGCGCUGCUGAGUGAAAAUAUUGUACCCCACUAAUAUAAGUAUAAUGCCUGCAUUUUUUUACGAAGUUACGUAAUUUCCGAGUGUUUUCGUGUAUUUCUUAAUAUUCUUUUGAAUCUCGUAAAAAUAAAACAAAUUAUCGUA